GUUCAGAGGUAAAUAUUUUCAUAAAUUGUUGUCUCAAUGAUGACUAUAAAUCUGAAAAUAAUUUCAAGGCACACAUUGUCUUCAAAUUUAUACAAAAUGCAUGCAAGAAAUAGCUAAAUACGCGUUCGCGGUAAUUUCAAGAAGACAUUCAAGAAGACAAUAUUCAAACAUUGCGCAUCUGCGUCAAUAUCGAUGUUUUGUACGCGCACAGCGCGCGGGGCUCUUAGACAAAAAUUUGAAAACAAGAAUAAAAACACUUGCCUGGACGUUUAGGUAUUCCGGUUAGAGGACCUUGGGUAUUCCAAUUUUCUUUCUUAUAUCUUCCUGUAUCGAUAUUGAUAUUUUCAUCCGUAACAGGAGAUAUCAUAUAAGAGCGUUGUAACCCGAAGACAAGGUCAACAUGGAUCUUCUGAAUCGCUCAUACACUCCAGACUGCUUCUCUCUAGAUGAUAUCCUGGCUUCCAAUGCCAAUGUAACCUGCAAGUUCCUUGAGGACACACCUCACCUGGGUUUUCUUGAUUCAUCUGGUCAGCAUGAAAAUAUUCCUGCUGAGGCUAAGCUGGAGCUGCCGCUGUGGCUGGCACACCAGCUGAACGUCACCACCUACAAACAGAUUGUCAGCGUGAGGCUGCCCAAGCUCUACAGGCAGACACACAGGAUGAUGCUGGACGCGGGCGCGGAGGUAGUGAAUCUCCACAGCUGGGGACCGCAUUUCUACGAGACGGGCCGCCACCUGGUGCGGCUGCGACACGGCGAGGGGCCCGCCAUGGCUACCUCGCUGGUUGAGACUCUACGCUCCCGGCUGCGACCCAUCAUGGACGCGUCCAUGAACCUCACUGCCGACGACACGUCCACAAUGGCCGCCUCCCUGGACGAGCUGGAACGGGGCCUGUUCUCCGCCGGACAGCUGAGCAUGCGGCGACACGAGAGAUGGAUUCGCCGCGAGACGGAGCAGAUCGCCACCGACCAGAACGUACUCACCUAUAGGAAACGCAAGGCGGCACAUAUGGAGGAAUAAGCGCCGCGGCGGCGGCGGUGUGAAGCUGCAGUACCCGGUGGAGAGCAUAGGUGGCAGCAGCGGUGAGUGGCGGUGUGAGGUGGCUUUUGUGAUAUUGUUGAGGUGCCGUAAAUUGGACACUGAGAUGUCUCGGUAUUCGGAUUGUUGAGCCGGGAAUUUUAAUCACCAUCAUCUUUAUCAUCAUACUCACAGUUCAUCAGGUGUACCUAUAAUGAAUGGUUUUGUAUUUGUGUGCAGCAGUGAGCGUUUGCAGCGUAGGUAGGUACUAAUGCAGUACAGUGGAUGCUAUUUAGCACGCACCAUGUGUGCAACACCCUUCCCCCUUUGCUGCCAAAAACAAGUUAAAGGAAAAAGCGACACUUGACCACAGAAAAUUAAAAUUAAGCUAUGCGAUGAUCCGGACGCGUGGUCCAUAUGUUUUUCAUCCGUGUUAUGAAUGAUCUUGAGCCUGGUGUUGUUUCAACAUUGCAAUAUGCGUAAUUGUCUGGCACAAAUUCACUGAUACCGAAUUGAUUCAUAAUCUUGAGUCCUUUGUUUCCAAUAUUUAUAGCCUUUUAGUCUGGAUUGGUCUUUUUGCGUAUGCCUUUAAAUAUAAGCGUCCAUGAUUCGGAUAUCUUGUCUCGGUUUUUGUCAAAUAUAUAUUUAAAGUC